AUGAAGAAGGAAGGAAUACUAGACACUCGACAUCAGCUCCAUGAGAAGCAUGAGAUAAAGGUUAGGAAUCGAAUGGAACCCAUAGCAAUACAAGAAGUUCCUGAUACGAAUAAGAACAAGGAAGAACAAGAACAGAACCAUGAAUCCGACACUUGUAACGUCGUUGGAGAGCUGAGUGAACAACUGGUCAAGAUUUCAUUCGGAGAACCACGCGAUGCGACGUUUCAAGCUCAUGUGUCCCAACUCACGCGUUUGAGUCAAUUGAAAAACGAGCUUCCAUGUCUUUGCAAUGAAGUGUUCAAUGUUCUUGGUCCAUAUAACCUCGAAGCAACGUAUCAACGCGCUUUAGCUCGAGAACUGGAAGCUCGUGGUGUGACGGUCUUGUCGGAAGUGGCAAUUCCAAUUCAUUACAAAGGUCAACGAAUUGCAUCUCGACGUGUGGAUCUCUACUUGAAACUUGAGCACCCAGUCAUCUUGGAACUCAAGGCAGUUGGCACAGGACUAAAGACCGAGCAUUUGAAACAACUUCACUAUUACUUGACUCAUUUCAAUGUCAGUGAAGGCUAUUUGAUCAAUUUUCCACAUCGUACGGGCUUUCCACUUGAGACUCCAGUCCAGUAUAUCAACCACGUGGUACAAUCAUCAACAGAUGGAAUUGGUAUGAGUGAUCGAGUUACUAGAUCAUCAAACACACUUGGAAAGAAUAUGAGACCCACGAUUAUUCACGUUCAGAAACUACAGACCAAGACAAGACGAGUCGAGAAGAAAUCAACCAUCAAAGACACAUGA